AUGUUGUCUACUCUUGCUCUUUCCCUCCUCUCAGCAGUGCCAAUGGCUGCAGCUCUUGCACCAGGCCUCACCCUUGAGUACUCGCUCGAGUUACCUACCCAAGGUAUCUUCAUCUCCGCCGAUGGACGCAAGUUCCUUUCCCAGCGUUACUCUACUACUCUGCCACCAAUUACCGUAGAGCUCCUCGCCGAUAACACAACUGUCAUGUAUCCCGACGUCUAUUGGAACUCUUACAACGCAAGCGACCCCAGCUCUGAUCCUAGUCUCCAGUUUGUCAGCAUCGACGGUGCCAGAAUCGGACCCGAUGGUCGUUACUGGUUGGUCGAUGGUGGUUCAAGCGGUGUCAACGGAUCCACCAAGUUGGUUGGAUGCAACCUUACCACCGAUACCGUAGACAAGAUCUACUACCUCGACAGCAUCAUCGCUUCCAACAGCGGUAUUGAUGAUGUUCGUUUCAGUGCCAGUGGUGAGGUCGCUUAUCUCAGUGACACUGCCGGUGCUCUCGUCGUUUUGAACAUGACCACUGGAGACGGAGUCCGUGUUCUCGUUGACGACCCAUCCGCCGUUGCCUUCUUCCCUAUGAUGUACAACCAUACACUUGUUCCAGGUUACGGUGCCGCGGGUAGCACACUCGCUGUUGGCCUCGACCAAAUUGAGGUCUCCCCUGACGGAGUCUACCUCUACUACCAACCAUGUAACGGAGGACUUUACCGUAUCGAGACUGCUUACGUCGAUGCCGCAUUGACCAACGCCACCAUGGCUGCCAGCCUUGGUGAUCUCACUGAGCCCUUCGCCUUGACCCCAAGUACCGGUGGAUCCACCAUUGAUGGUGAUGGAAACGUCUAUGUUAGCGACACCAACUUGCUCGCUAUCUGGAAGGUCACCCCUGAUGGGUACGCAUCCAUUCUUGUUCAAGAUGAUGCUUUGAUCUGGACUGAUCUCAUGUGGGUCACUUCUGACAAGAAGUUGCUGCUUCCAGCAUCCCAAAUGAGACCUGGUGGAAACGGAUUGAUGGCUGAGGGACCAAACAACAUCUUCUCCUACCCAAUUGACGCUGGUCCAUCCCCAAUUGACCACGCUUAA